AUGAACCUACCACAACAGAGCAGCCUACCAAUGAAUACAUUGGAUGAACCAGUUUAUAAGACCAUUCUUAGAGAUAUCAAGACUGUUGGAUAUAAGUUAUAUCAUGUUAUAUUGCCUCGUGGAAAUGCUGUUUCAGUACUGAGGGACUGGGACCUUUGGGGUCCAUUGCUUCUAUGUCUUCUAAUGGCAAUUAUGCUUAGUACAUCUGCAAAGGACGAUCAACGUGCACUGGUAUUCGCUUUGGUGUUCGUAGUUGUAUGGGUAGGCGCAGGUGUAGUAACAAUCAAUGCUCAACUACUUGGCGGUAAUCUAUCACUGUUUCAGAGUGUCUGUGUUCUAGGCUACUGUGUCUUCCCAUUGACAAUAGCAACAUUUGUCAUCUGGGUCGUUCAACUCUUCAUUCACAACCUGCACAUUCUGAUCAAGUUGCCAAUUGUUGGAGGAUGUCUAUUCUGGUCAACCUUUGCAUCAUAUGGAUUCUUGGCAUCAUCAGUUCCACCCAGUCGAAAGGCAUUGGCAGCAUAUCCAGUGUUGUUGUUUUAUGUCUUCAUUGCAUGGAUGGUAGUUGUCCAGUAA